AUAGUGAAGGAUGAUGCACUCAAACAGGUUAUUCGAAACAGAGUUGCUCUUAAGCAACCAUAUGUUGGAGUUUUCGUUAAACAGGACGACGAAAAUAAGGAAGAAAUAGUGUCUUCGUUAUCACAGCUCUACAAUGUUGGAUGUUUUGCUCAGAUCAUAGAAAUGCGUGACCACGGCAAAGUUCUGGAAUUGGUUUUGAGUGCUCAUAGAAGAAUACGCAUAUUGGAACCUGUUGAAGAAGGAGCUGCUGAAGAACCGCACAAAGCUCUCAAUGGCCGAAGAGUAGGAUAUAGAAAAAAGGGAUCAUCGCCACCUCCUAAGCCAUUGCCUAACCCAGCUGAUCGAACAUCAAUCUUGUUAGCUCGAACAGAAAAUGUUAUCGCAGAGCCUGCUGAAAGAAACAAUGAAACAAAAGCGAAGAUGCAGGCUGUGGUGCAAACUAUUCGUACUGGAAGACAACCAAUCAGUACAGUCCUGUAUGGUAUAACUCAUGUUAACGGAACUACCUUCGACUGGUUGACAAACAUUCCAUGGGGAAUCACCUCAGAAGAAAAUAGCGAUCUGCAGAAAGCGAGGAUUGCAUUGGAUAAGGGUCACUAUGGAAUGAAAGACGUGAAGGAGCGCAUUCUCGAAUUCAUUGCAGUGAACAUGCUAAAUUUCCGCUUUCUCAUGGUUCGAACCGAAAAUCCGUUGGUGUUGAUUGAUGAGGUAGACAAGAUUGGUAGUGCUGGUUAUCAUGGAGAUCCAGCAAGUGCUCUUCUCGAGUCCCUCACGGAGGAUCAGUUCGUGAUAGAAGAUAGUGCUGUCGAAGACAUUAUCAAGCAUUACUGUCGCGAGUCGGAGUCCGCAAUUUACAAGAGCACAUUGCCAAACGGUAUUUCCGCAACCGCACUGCAAAUAGCCGAUCGUAUGAGUGCAGGUUCUGAAGCUCCGGUUAUCAUGGGUCUAGCUUGGACAGCUAUGGGUGGCUCUGCCUUGUAUAUAGAAACAGUACUGAAACGACCUGUAGAUUAUUCAAGUGAUAAAGAAGGUACUUUGGAGGUCACCGGAAAUCUUGGUGAUGUGAUGAAGGAGAGUGUAAAGGCUGCCCUAACGGUCGCCAAAGGGAUCCUUGCUAAAGAUGAACCGGACAAUAGAUUCUUUGACAAGGCUCACAUUCAUAUUCACGUGCCAGAGGGAGCUACACCAAAAGAUGGGCCCUCUGCUGGAGUUACCGUGGUUUCUUCUCUGCUGUCUCUUGCUUUGAAUAAACCAGUUGUACAGGAAAUGGCUAUGACUGGGGAGAUAUCGUUGACAGGAAAAGUUCUGCCUGUUGGUGGUAUAAAGGAGAAAGUCAUUGCGGCACGAAGAGUCGGUGCCAAGAGGAUAUUCCUGCCCGAGGAGAAUCGAGAGAUUACGACGACCUGCCAGAUUUUAUGA